GGCUUGCCGUCGCUCAAGGGAUGCUUUGUGUUUGUUAGCUUGGAUUAUUUUCUUUUUGUAUUUAAAUUACUUGUUAGUCGUUUCGGCCAAAUCUAAUUAAUUUCACCUCGCCUCAGAGUAAAAAUGCGAGACUAGCGAGCGGCAACAUGGCCAAUGACAGGUUACGGGCUCUGGAGGAUGUGGAGAAGGAGAUCGCUGUAGUUCUUCAGUGUGCAGGAACCAUAGUGCUGGAGUUGUCCAAGGAGAAGCAUAAUGCAAGUUUAUUAGAUCGGCAGCUCAACCAGUUUCAAACCUCUAUUAACAGGAUUGAGAGUGAGCUCAGCUCCCAGAUCCGCUAUCUCACACAGGUGGCGACCGGUCAGCCUCAUGAAGGGUCAACGUACUCGGCCCGAAAGGACUGCCAGAUGGCCCUGAACCGUGCGGAGUAUGCCCGUGUCAAACUGGGAGAGCUAAGACGAACCUGCGAGAUGAUGCUUGACCCACAGACAUGAUCCACCGGAUGUACUGUUUUAUUGGAAAUGUAGAAGUAUAACAUCUAGAUGUUAAAGACUUAACGGAGGCUUCAUAAGAAAUCUCACUUUAAGUACAUAUCUACCUACAGACCGUCAAAGGAAAACUUGUAUGAAUUUGUACUGCUAUGAGGUUAGAGGUUUUCUAGAUGAUGCUACAACCCCUCAAAUACUUACUUUUUUAAGUGACAUCUUACUGUUUUGUAACAAAUAAAAAAAUGUUUGUAGUGUAA